CGGGCACGUCACUUCCGUUUCGCGGUAAAACCACGGUUAACUGUUUGGACCGUACCGGUUGCUCGUCGUAGCGAGGAUCGGUGGAAAGAAGAGUAUCUGCUGCGACGCUUCAGGAGCGUUCGAGGAGGCAACAUGCACGUGCUCAAGCGCGAUGGACGUAAGGAGUCUGUGCACUUCGACAAGAUAACCGCGAGAAUCGAGACGCUAUGUUACGGCCUGGACCUGAAUUAUGUGGACCCAACUGUGGUCGCACUUCGAGUUAUCAGCAAUUUGUGCUCCGGCGUGACAACAAGCGAAUUGGACAACUUGGCGGCUGAAACUGCGGUGUCUAUUGUUGAUCAACACCCAGAUUACAUAAUCUUGGCGGCCAGAAUAGCCAUAUCCAAUCUGCAAAAGCAGACGAAGGAGCUCUUCAGUGAGGUGAUGGCUGAUUUGUAUCACGCUGCAAGCUCGGCCACGAAGAACUGCUCGCCCAUAAUCAGCGAGAAAUAUUUUAACAUUAUCCAAAGCAACGCGCACAAGUUGGACUCCGCGAUAAUGCACGAGAGAGAUUUUAAUUAUUCUUAUGCCACGUUUAAGAUGCUCGAACGCGAUCACUUGUUGAAACUGAAUGGAAAAGUCGUUGAAAGGCCGCAGUACAUGUUGAUGCGCGUUGCCGUAGCUAUUCACGGCGAGGAUAUCGAUAAAGCUGUUGAAACCUACAACUUUAUGUCUAAGCAGUAUUUCAUACACAACGCAUUGACGAUAGACACCGCGUGUACCGUUAAGCAACAAAUGGCCAACUUAUAUUCGUUAACAAUGUCUAGCGAUAGCAUAGAUGGAAUAUUGGACACGUUGGAGAAAUUUGCUGUUCUUUGCCAUCAUGAUGGAGAGAUAGGGUUCAAUGUGCACUGUAUUCGAGCGAAGAACACGCCCAUAAGAGGCACAGGAGGCGUGUCGAACGGACUGGUGCCUAUGCUAAGAGCGUACAACACGUCUAUUGCGACUGUCUCCAAAUACGGCAAGAGCGAAGGGCCGGUUACUGUGUACUUGGAGAUCUGGCAUUCCGAUAUCCCCGAGUUCAUAAAUCUCAAGAAGAGUAUUGGCGACGAGAAAUUAAGGGCUAAGGGUAUGUGUUACGGAUUAUUGAUUCCGGAUAUAUUUAUGAGACGUAUUUAUGACAAUGGCUUGUGGUCCUUCAUGUGUCCGCAUGAAUGUCCUGGACUAGUCGAAGCUUACGGUGAUGAAUUUGAAGCUUUGUAUACCAGGUAUGAAAAGGAAGGGCGUAUUCGAAAACAAAUUAAUGCCAGGGACAUAUGGGUUAGCAUUGUUGAUCUACAAUGUGAGAUGGGAGAGCCAUUUAUAAUUUACAAAGAUCAUUGCAAUCGCAAGUCGAACCAUCAGAAUUUGGGUACGAUUAAAGGCAGCGGUUUCUCCACCGAGAUCGUUCAGUAUUCGAGUUCCGACGAGGUUGCCGCGUGCAAUACAGCCUCGAUCGCUGUCAACAUGUUCGUGAAUUCUGACAAGAGAGCUUUCGACUUUUAUAAACUCAAGGAAGUAGCGAAAGUCGUCACCCGCAAUUUGGAUAAAAUGAUCGACAUCGAUUUCUAUCCUCUCCCAGAGGCAAAAUUGUCAUGCAAUAAACACAGAGCUAUCGGCAUUGGCAUCCAAGGACUAGCGGAUACAUUCAUCUUAAUGAGAUUCCCGUAUGAAAGCAAGGAAGCUUCAGGACUCAACGUCCAGAUUUUCGAGACUCUCUAUUAUGGCGCUCUAGAGGCUAGCUGUGAGUUAGCUGCCGAGAAAGGCCCUUAUGAGUCGUACGAGGGCAGUCCAGUCAGUAAGGGUGUCCUUCAGUAUGACAUGUGGAAUGUAAAACCGUCAAAUUUAUGGGAUUGGGAUAUCUUGAAGGCAAAAAUUGCCAAAUACGGAGUGCGCAAUUCUUUGCUAAUAGCGCAAAUGACGGUUGCAUCUAUGGCACAAAUGUUGGAAACUAACGUAUCAGUUGAAACAUACACGAGCAACUUAUACACGAUACAGACAUCGUCGAAGAAGUAUUCCGUUGUUAAACCACACUUGCUGCGAGACCUAAUCGAGAGAGGUCUUUGGAAUCAGGACAUGUAUAAGAAAAUCAUUAGUAAUGGCGGAUGUAUACAAAACAUUGAAGACAUACCCGAGGAUAUGAGGCUGAUUUACAGAACUGUUUGGGACAUUCCACAAAAGGCUUUCUUCGCGAUGGCUUCUUCUCGUGCACCUUUUGUCGAUCAGUCGCAAUGUUUAGAUGUUCAUAUGACUGAUCCGAAGCCGAAGCUCACAGCCCUUCAUUAUUGUGCUUGGGAAGUAGGUUUGAAAAGUAGUAUGCACAAUCUCAUAACUGACAAGGAUAAUGUAAAAUAAACAAGAUAAAGUUAAUGUGUGUUUAAACAAAACAAAAGUCCAAAGAAAAGUGAAAACACUGAACUUCAUAUCGGACCGAAAGCGAGGGUCUUAUAAAUUUUUAUAAUAAAAAUAUAUUAAUAAAUAA